AUGCCUCGUCUAUCUAAAGAAGAAAUUGCCAAGCAAUUUAUGCUUCCAGAGCGUAAAUCUAAAAUUGCAACUUUACUUAAACAAGAUGGACAAGCAUAUUGUAUUUGUCGAUCAUCAGACAGUUCUAGAUUUAUGAUUGGAUGUGAUGCGUGUGAAGAUUGGUAUCAUGGUGAUUGUAUUGGAAUAACGAGAAAGCAGUCUAAACUCAUCAAGCAUUAUUUUUGUGAUAAAUGUAAAUCAGAAGAUGCUUCGUUGAAAACAAUAUUUAAAACUUCAUUAAGUCGUAAUGAUUUUAAAGAAAAAAAUGAUCAUUAUGUUGGGAGCAAACGAGAUAGUCGUGAAAAAUAUCGACCUAAACACAGAUCUUGCGGUCAUUGUGAAAAUUGUAAACGAGUUGAAAAUUGUGGUUUAUGUUUGGGAUGUUCUGAAAUGCGAAGAUUUGGUGGCUCAGAUUUAUGUGAAAACAAAACAUGUUUAAAUGUCAACAAACAAGAAAAUAGGCCAUUAUCCAAGUCUGCUAAGAGAAAACGUAAGGAUUCCAGUUCUGAUGGUGAUCAUGUUAGUUUACCAUUGUUAAACCGUGAUCAUUGCUAUGGUCCUGGAUGUACUCAAAUAGCAAGGUUUAAUUCCAAGUAUUGUUCAGACAAAUGUGGUAUGAGUUUGGCUAAUGCUAGAAUUUUUCAUGUACUUCCUCCAAGACUUCAAGAAUGGGCUUUAUCACCAUGUGUUGCAGAAGAAACAAAUAAAAAAAACCUAGAAGUAGUUAGAAAAGAACAACUAGAAGUUAGAGAUAUAUUGAAGGAAUUGGAUAAGAGACAUAAAGAGCUCGACAAGUUAUUAGAAAAAGCAAAAUUGUUGUCUGUUGAUGUGAAUCAAGAAGUGCAAGAUAUCGAUGAAGAAAUGAGUAUGCACUGUGUUACAUGUGGACAUGAAAUACAUACAAGAACUGCUGUGAAGCAUAUGGAAAAAUGUUUCAAUAAGUACGAGAGUCAGUCAUCGUUUGGUUCAAUUUAUAAAACUAGAAUCGAUGGCAACAAUAUGUUUUGUGAUUUUUAUAAUUCUUCACAAGGUACUUAUUGUAAAAGAUUGAGAGUUUUAUGCCCUGAGCAUUUUAAAGAUUCAACUGUCAUUAGCGAUACUGAGGUAUGUGGCUGUCCGCUUGUUUCAAAUGUUUUCAACUUAACUGGAGAAUUUUGUCGUGUGCCUAAGAAAACAUGCAUCAAACACUAUUGCUGGGAUAAAUUAAGGAGAGCAGAAAUUGAUAUGGAAAGAGUUCGUCAGUGGUUGAAAUUAGACGAGUUGGUUGAGAAGGAACGACAGAUACGUUAUAGAAUGUCUUCAAGAGCGGGAGUCUUAGCAUUAAUGCUACACUCUACUUAUGACCAUGAAUUGAUGGAACGUUUAACAGCGGAGGCUAAAAAUUCUCAACAUCAACGGGAAAACAAUUCUUGUGUUUCUUCAAAAUCAACAAACUUAUCUGAUGAAUAG